AUUCUAGCAUAUUCACAUAAGUCAUGUAGCAAAUGCGAAUAGGAAGAAUAGAGAAUGGAAAAAAUUAAAAAUUUUUUUAAAGGCGAACAGCUGACAUCAUGACAAUACAAAUAAAAAAACUAAGAAUAGAAAAAGUCGAUUUGUAUGUGCAAAAUAUAUUCUCAUAAGAACACAAACUUUCUACAUUGUUCGAGUCUCUCGAUGCUCGGUAUUCGAUGCGUUACGAGUAACUACGAAUAUCUACGAGCUUGUCUCGUUUGAUUUCGUUAUUGGGACCGGAACGAAGCCGGUUCGUUGAACCAAUACGUUGUUGGCGCGUGGAGAUCUGCAUGUGUUAUUUGCAGGCUACGAAGAUACGAAGUGUCUAGUUUCGCAGAAUAAACGGACGAAAUAAUUGAGUAAUUAAUUUGAUAGACAGGAAAAUAUACAGACAGGUGCAUCAACGUCGUAAUUCUUACCAUUGCGUAUCAUGAUUCGGUCCGAUUUUAUUCUCGUCCUCGUUAUUGCAUUGGUUUUACAUAUUACCGUCGGCGAUGAUUGCAAGGGAUGUGUACCUUUGGAUUCUUAUUCAUUCGACAAGGUCAUUCCCAGGUUCAAGGCGGUACUUGUUAAAUUUGAUGUCGCAUUUCCAUAUGGUGGCAAACACGAGCAAUAUGCAACUGUAGCAGCCGAUACUAAGGAUUCACAGGAUCUUUUGAUAGCCACAGUAGGUGUCAAAGAUUUUGGCAAUAAGGAUAAUUCUGAUCUAGCGCAACGCUACAGCAUCAAAAAGGAUGACUUCCCAGUAGUAUUAUUAUUCGUACAAGGCAAAUCAGAACCAAUCAGAUUCAUUCCCGAGAGAGAUUCUGAUUUUACGGGUGAAUACUUGAAACGAUUUAUCAGAUCUAAAUCCAGAGUGUACCUGGGCUUAUCGGGAUGCGUAGAACGAUUGGAUAAGCUAGCCGAAGAAUUCAAAGCCGCGGGAGGGCAAAAAAGACAGGAGAUAUUGAAGAAGGCAAGAAUUUUUGAAGAGACUCUACCAGAAGAGCAGCGAGAGGCAGCAAGAAUUUAUGUAAAAACUAUGGAGAAGAUCUUGGAGCGGGGAGAUAUAUUUGUACAAACAGAAGAAACGCGAGUACAAGGACUUCUUUAUAGAGGAAAAUUGUCUGCAAAAAAACGUACGAUGGAAGAGAGACGAAAUAUCUUGCAAUCUUUUUCAGCAAGAGAUGAACUAUAGAGAAUUUGAAUUAUUAAUAACAGCCUAAGUAACAUCUACAAAAUUUUAGUCCGAGAGUCGAUUAUUACGCUCUCUUUUGAAUUAUUUUGUACACUCAAUUUUAAAUUUUAUAUAAAUGGCGAUAGGGAUAACAUCUGUACGAGAUAUAUUAAAUGUUCUAUUUACAAAGUAUCACAAUACUUUAAUUACUUUACAUUCCUUAAUCUAUCUUAAUUUUUUUGUAACGUGCUUUAUUCUUAUUCUGUAUGUAAAUUACUAAAUGUAAUGUUGUUUGUGUGCUAUUUAAUACAAGGA